UCUCCCCUGCCGGCCUCGGUGUUCAAGACCGUCAAACGCAGCUUUCAGAUGGAUGGGCGCUAUGUUGGACCGUCCGAGGAGGCGAACGACCACUGGGAGGCUCUGAUCGCGGCUCACGACGUCCUCUAUAUGACCGAGCAUGAACAACGUGACUACAAUCUGCCGCCGGGAAUGCCGUCGCCCUAUUACCACCCCAAUCGACCGAGUCCACCCCCACAAGACUUCUACGUCUUGUCCAUCAUGCACCAGAUGCAUUGCUUGAAUCAUAUUCGCGCCCACUACUGGCAGAUCAAGACCGGAGGGCCCAGCACGCCCCAUUACACGGAAAAUAAAUGGAACGUGCAUGUCGACCAUUGCUUUGAGUACCUACGCCAGAGUGUCCUCUGUGGCAAUGCUAUUUUUGAGAUCGAAGGAUAUACACCGCUGUUUGUUCCAGACGAGGGCGUGGCAACGACGGUGUCUGGCUGGGGGGUGGAGCAUGAGUGUGUCGACUAUGAUGCUAUUAGUCGUUUUCAAAUCGAUCGUGAGCGCCAGUACAAUCGCACCUGG